AUGGAAACGGCGUUGGAGUUGUCCGCAGUCCCUCGCGCAUUUCUGCUCAGCGUGCACGCUUGGCCCGAACUUGGUCCCUCCCUGCAGGCGCAUAAGGUAGGCGAACCAACCUCGAUCGCCGUGGCAGACCAAAACCCCAGCGACGCUUCUAUCUAUAUUCCGCCCGCCUCCGCUUCCGAUAGCCCACCUCCCCAACCCACCCCGGUGCCUCUAAACCCUGCACUAUCGCUCGAAGUCCCGACCCCGCCGCAGCUCCCUCCGUUGCGAAGUCGAUCCGCCACGUCCCCAGUGGCUGGCCCCUCCUCCUUUCUCAGGGCCACCGCCCGAGCCGCAACGGUGUCUUCCGCUUCCCGUCAUUCGACGCAGAUCCUCGGUAGGAGACAGAGGGCCGAGUUCGACGAAGAAGAAGAAGAGGAGGGAGGAGCACACAACAGCACAUCAGGCAACACAGCUGCCUCCCGCCCGAGCCCGAAGCGAAGACGCCGAGCAAGCAUGCUGAUGGAGCUUGAUAAGGGAGAGCCCUCGAGCCGGGCUUCGCAACCGGUGGCAAACGGGUCCCGGGCCGUCGGGGAACGCACUUUGGGUGCUUCGAGCACGCCGCACAAAACACAUUCCGACGCCACUCGCGGUCCCAGGCUUAACGGGGCCCCCGUAGGACCGCGGCAAGAGAGCUACUAUGGACAUAACCGGGAGGAGGUCACACGCAUCUUGAUACAGGCGCUGAAUGACCUGGGUUACAAUGCGGCCGCGGAUAACGUUGGCCGGGAUAGCGGUUUCCAGGUAGAGAGCCCAGACGUGAUUGCCUUCCGGCAGGCCGUGUUGGACGGGCUCUGGGGUAAGGCGGAGGAGUUGCUCUGUGGCAAGGCCGCUCGCGGACCCGGGCUUGUCCUGGCUCCCGGAGCAGAUCGCAACGCUAUGAGGUUUAGGCUGCGGCGGCAAAAGUACCUCGAGCUCUUGGAGAAGGGCGACACGGGCCGGGCGCUGGCUGUGCUCCGGAAUGAGCUCACACCCUUGUGCCAGGAGCAGCACCAAGCAGUCCCCCUUCUGUCGAGGCUCCUCAUGUGUCAAGACGCCGACGAUCUCAAGGUGCGGGCUAACUGGGACGGCGCGGACGGUCGGUCGAGGCAGAUAUUACUUGCCCAUCUCUCAGGGUACAUUUCCCCAUCGGUCAUGCUCCCGGAGCGCCGCUUGGCUGUGCUUUUGGACGACCUAAAGCGCAACCAGGCGGAGAGGUGCCGCUAUCACACAGACGAUGCGCCACCAUCGCUCUGCGUGGACCAUUCCUGCGACAGGAGCCGGUUCCCCACCGAGGUCCUAGUGGAAUUAUCACCUCCGGGCCUAGAAUCAUCCAAGAAACUCGAUGAGGUCUGGCAGGUCCGCUUCUCGCCCGACGGCAAACGCCUGGCGGCAUGCGGUACAGACGAUGCGGUCAACAUUUGGGACGUUGAGCGCCUAACCUUUUGCCACCAACUAUCCGAACAUCAGAAGCCGGGGAUUGGCAAUCUUGCGUGGAGCCCUGACAGCAAGCUCCUGGUAACCUGCAGCUUCGACCACACCGCUAAGCUCUGGGAUGUCGAGUCUGGAGAGUGCUUGAGAGUGAUUGGCGAUUUCGAGGAGCCCGUGAGCAGCUGCGUUUGGGCUGCGGACGGCCAGUCCUUCGUUACCGGGUCGUUUGACAAGACCCAAUCUAUGAGGUUAUGGAACCUGCGCGGCGAUUGCAUCCAUACAUGGCCCAAUCUGCACAGGACCGAGGACCUUGCCCUCUCGCGGGAUCAACGCUGGUUGGUCGCGAUGGAUGAGCAGUGCACCCUCCAUGUUUACAAUCUCGUCACCAGGGAACAUGUGUAUGACCUGGCGCUUCACUCUAGGGCCGCGUCGCUGAGCAUAAGCCGGGAUUCGAAGUAUCUCCUCGUCAAUAAGGUGGAUUGUGAAGCAGUCUUGAUCGACCUUGAAACGCGCGAGACGGUACAGAAGUUUACGGGCCAAAAGGGCGGGAACUUUACCAUCAGGAGCGAUUUUGGUGGCGCUAACGAGAACUUCGUCAUCUCGGGCAGCGAAGAUGGCCACGUCUUCAUCUGGCACAAGGCAACGGGCAUCCUCGUCCACGAGGCCGAAGCACACCACACAAGCUGCAACGCAGUCGCUUGGAACCCGGCAGACCCGUGCAUGUUCGCCACAGCCGGCGACGACGGCAGGGUCAAGAUGUGA